ACACAGAAUAAACUCAGCAUGAAGCUGUCAAUCAUUUUCUGCCUGCUCUGUGGCGCUUCAGCAGCAGUUCAGGCCUUAAACUGGCACAUGCAUCCUGCAGCCGGCAGGUUUGGAGACCAGGGACCAGAACGGCUGGAACCAGCAGAUGUCCUCCAGGAGAAGCAGUCUUUCACUGAACCUUUGUCUUGGAGAUACCCGGCUCCACCGGCUGAAGAGGCGCCUCUGUUCCCUCCAGACUUUAAGCUGAAAGUACCAACAGCAGCUGACAGCGUCAGCGCCGUCUGCAGGGAGAACUCCAUCCGGGUGGAGGCCAAGAAAGACCUGCUGGGGAUCGGCAAACCUGUCCAGACUGCAGACGUCACGUUGGGAGGAUGUCCUGCCACAGCGGAAGAUCCCGAAGCUCAGGCACUGGUCUUUGAAUCAGAGCUGCAUGGAUGUGGCAGCCAGUUGCUGAUGUCUGAGGACUCGUUCAUCUAUGCCUUCACGCUGCUCUACACUCCCAGUCCUCUGGGGGACGGUCAAAUCGUCCGAACCGGAGACGUCACAGUCAACAUCGAUUGUCACUACCCAAGGAAGCAUGAUGUGAGCAGCGGGCAGUUGGUGCCAACCUGGACUCCAUUCAGUGCCACCAAAGCUUCAGAAGAAAGUCUCUACUUCUCCUUUAGACUGAUGACCGAUGAUUGGCAGUUCUCUCGUCCAUCCGCUCAGUUCCUGCUGGGAGACACGAUGAAGUUUGAAGUUUCGGUCAAACAGUUUUAUCACAUCCCUCUCAGAGUGAUGGUGGACAGCUGUGUGGCCACCAUGGUCCCAAACGUUGACACCGUCCCUCGAUAUACCUUCCUGGGAAACAACGGUUGUUUGUCUGACGGUCGUUCAGGUGUUCUGUUUGACAGUCAACUGACAGACUCCAACUCUCAGUUCCUUCCUCAGUCUCAGGACGACAGACUGCAGUUUGAGGUGGAGGCGUUCAGGUUCCAACAGGACCACAGCGGCAUGAUCUACAUCACCUGUCAUCUGAGAGCCACAGCAGCUACUGCAGCUGUUGAUGCCAACAGCAAGGCCUGUUCAUUUUCCAACGG